CAAGGCGAAUCAUAUUUGAAAAAUCACCUAAAAUGUAUUACGUUUGGCCUUAUGCCAAUAGCGGGCAGCAACUUUAGGGAAUACGUGGAGUCGAUAAAUGGGGCAAACGAGUGUUUCGUUCACAUCGUUCAAAAAAAUGAUAUAAUUCCCAAACUGUUUGGAGCCGUCAAUGGCGCAAUAGUGGAAAAGAUACUAUGGGAGGUUGUAAAGAAAAUUAUCAAUCUACCUUUAAAGACUAUACAAACUCAGAGUGACGACAUUUAUAAUAAUUGUAAAUCAAUAAUGGACAAAGUUAUUGACGGCAGAACUUAUGAACUCAGUGUCGUAAAUCGAUUCAACAUUUUUGGGUCUUAUUACAUUUUGGACACUUCUUUGGACUCAAAGUACACAAUACUACCUGCGUCGAAUGCUGAAAAUUUUUUUAGAAUUUGUGAUACUGCUAGUGCCUCUGAGCUUCAUCGGCAAUAUUUGAUAAACGUAAGUAGAUAA